UAAUUUUUUUUUAUUUGUAUCACACGAAGAAUCACAGUCCCAAUCCAUCCCUUGCGAAGGGUAACAAAAUUUGAAAAGGUGAGGUUGAUUCACGGUUUAAGUUUCCGACAAAGACAUCAUUAGCAUCAGGUAUCGGAAGAGAGUGAACAAUUGGUUCUGUUUCCAUUCCGAUGUUAAAAAGGAUCUGCAAAGCGUUCUAGUCAAUCUGGAAGAGAAUCUCUGGAUUACAGUCUCGCGAGGGUUUUGGUGUUGUAGCCAAUUACCAUGUCCACCACAAUUUCUUCUCUCCCCUUCUCUCUCCCUCCCCGCCACAAUUCUAGGGUUUCUCGUUUCAAUCAAAUCUCUUCUAGUGUUCCAUUCCAAUCAUUCACCCUUCCUACAAACAAAUGGAGAGUUUUGUGUUUUAAGCAUGAGAACAUUCCGUCAGAAACUAAUGGCUCUGAGUUCAAAGACGAUAAGUCGUCGGAAGAUUUGAUAAAGUUUAAAGGGGAUGAUGACUCCAAAGACUUGAAAAAAGACUGGCUUGCUGCUCUCCAUAUGAUCAUAAAUACCGUGCUUGAUGUGGAACCCUGGAAAGUUCCUUGGACUGCAAAGACUAUUGUUCAGGUUAUGCUCCUCUGGAUUGCCUCAUUCUGGUUGGUAGGUUCUUGGAUAGUUCCAUUUUUAGCUUACACAGCAGGUUUUAGGAAGGAAACUCUUUCAUACAGAGGACAAGCAUUGUACAGUCUCUUGACGGAUGUUGCUGAAGGCGUGGUUGGGAUAGCUAUACUUCAUCGUUGUCUUGCAAGGUUUAAACCACUCCCAGCUGACUGGUUCAGAUUUGAACUCAAAGGGAACUGGCAGUUUGAUGUCGGUUUAGGUUGCCUCAUGUUCCCCCUCAUCAAUCAUUUGUCACAAAUGAACCUAAACUUAUUGCCUGUUCUUCAAUAUGCUCCAGUUACAGUCUCGAGUGUAGAGCAAUCAAUUCUAGCACGAGACCCUGUGGCAAUGGUCCUAUAUGCAGUGGUAGUUUCAGUUUGUGCCCCAAUAUGGGAGGAGAUUGUCUUUCGUGGUUUCCUUCUCCCAUCUUUAACGAGGUACAUGCCUGUGUGGAGUGCAGUAUUAGUUAGCUCAAUAGCAUUUGCGUUGGCACACUUUAACAUUCAGAGGAUGCUGCCCCUUGUAUUUCUUGGCAUGGUGAUGGGUUUUGUAUAUGUACGGUCUAGAAACCUCUUGCCAUCAAUGUUGUUGCAUAGUUUGUGGAAUGCUUUUGUAUUUCUGGAUCUCAUGAAAUAGUAUAUAUUUUUUACUCUUCAUCUGAUCUUCUAUUUUCAACUUUAUACAUGGACACAAGUGAGUUUCAAGGGAGAAUGGAGGGCAGUGGUGGAGGUAUAUUAUUGUCCGAUUUGGAUGUUAUGAUUCAACGCGAGAGGGUUAUGUUGGAGAUCUCAUCAUGAACAGUUGUUGGGUCCCACAACUAAAUAAUAUAUACAAUUGAAUUUUAUUGGAGAGGUUUUCAACAUCACCCUCAUGUUGAAUUUCAGUUUGAGAGAAUUCAAAUCAUUGUUACCGAUGAUGCCUUGACAUUCAAAUGGCACACUUGGAUCACAGUCAUCUGCAGUUUCCUUAAAAAUGCAAUUGAUUUGUCCCUUCCAUAUUUUCUUAUAGUGUUGCUGUUUAAUUUAGGAGAUCAGUAUGAGGGUGUUAUGUUGCAGAUCUCAUCAUGAAUGAACACUCAUUGGGCCCCCCCCCACGGGUGAAAAUUAUACGAGCUGACGUCUCCAUCAUAACUCUCAUAUUUCAGACGAUACCAUAACAUAUAGUUGCCACACUUGAAUCAUGGUCAUCUGCAGGUACGAUCCUACCUUUUCCUCUCCCCUCUUCUCCCUUAUAUACACGAGCUAGAAAAAUGUGAGUAACCAACUCCUUUUCACCCUAACCGAAAGCUUGAAAGUUUCAACUUUCAAAGCCUAUCGUUGAUAUAAUUUAAGGGUAAAAUAUCUCAUAAGUGGUAUUCUGUGACAUCUGAUUAAUAGUUUGCAUUAUUUUAGCAGUACAGACUAAGAAUUGAAUAAUUGUUGAUGGCAUUUCAAUUGUGAACAUCCUUUCAGCCAGGACCCACAUUAGAUAGUUAUAGAAAGAAUGCAUGUGGUUUGCUUCAUACUUAUAGCCACAUUUUACGAGCUGAUGAGCUGGUUGUCACGCUCUCCAUUUUGAAAUUUAUAUGCUAACUGUAUUCUGUCAAUUUCUAAAAAAAACAACUUGAGUUUGUAUUUGGGGUCCUUGGUGCUUGCAAGAACGGUGUAACAUUCUUUUCAGACUUAGACUGUAUUAAUGAAAGUUGUAUUUACAUGCAAA